AUGGCGGAUACGAUUGUGGUGAAUAGCAAGUUUACGGCACACAUCUUCCAGCAAUCAUUCCAACGCCUCCGCCAGAUCCCUGAAGUCCUCUAUCCCAGCAUCCAAUUCGACAAGUUUGACAGACCCGUGGAUCUUUCACUGCCUGAAGUCCAGGUCUUGAAGGCGGCUGACGACUCUACUGUUUCCUUCCUCUCCAUCAACCGUUACGAGCGCAAAAAGGACAUCAACCUCGCCAUCCACGCCUUUGCCCGACUCCUCAAAGGUAACGCCAGCAGCAUCAAAGACAGGAAACUCCGCUUGAUCAUCGCAGGAGGAUAUGACACUCGUGUCUCCGAGAAUGUUGAGCAUCACCAGGAAUUGGUCCAGUUGGCUGAGAUCACGUAUGGGCUGAAGACCUUCACACUCUCUUCAGGACAGACUGACAAGGCUGUUCCUGGAGAUACGCAGGUCCUGUUCUUGCAGUCGAUCUCAGAUGUUCAAAAGCUGUUCCUGUUGCAGACAGCACGCGCCUUGCUCUAUACCCCCACCAACGAGCAUUUCGGCAUUGUCCCUGUCGAGUCGAUGUACAUGAAGUGCCCCGUCGUCGCCGUCAACUCUGGCGGCCCCACCGAAUCGGUCCUUCAUGGCAAGACUGGAUACCUUUGUGAGCCCGAGGAGGCCAUCUGGGCUGAGACUCUCAAGACUCUGCUCGAAAAGUCGAACCAGGAGGUCGAGGAGAUGGGCCAGGCUGGACAUGACCGUGUUGUUGGUUUGUUCUCGCUGAAAGCUUUCGUUUCCAAGCUGAACGGGAUCCUGGUCCAGCUGCAGCAGGGAAAUGGAUCCUCUUUGGAGUCUUAUGGCAUGUUUGGUGCCGUCCAUCCUAUUGCCAUAAUUUCUAUAAUAGCCCUUGCACUGUCCAUCAUGAUCUUCUAUGCGAAAUAA